CAAAGGUUUUUACAUUUGGAAAAACAGAAAAUUUAUGCGAGAAUUUAUGAAGAAUUACUUCACAAAAACAGUAACUUCGUCGGCGUAAGCUACGUAUUUCAAAAAUCUCCCUCUUGAAGUUAUGGGGGUGUCUCUGUCCAAAGCCGCUCAGUGGACCACCUUCAGUCCAGACGCCAGCAAACUUAAGUCCUCGCCGACAAACGAGGCCUUGCUGAAGGAAAUCCUGACCUUCGUGGAGCAGAUCGGCUCCCAGCACCCACAGGAGGCCGACUUCACCUUUGAGGCCCCGCUGCAGUGGAGCACCACCGUGGUGACAUCUGAUCUCAAAUCAGACUACCACAUCCGUGACUCUACUGCACGGUCUCACGAGACGGACAGCAGGGAGGCGCCGCCGCCGCCGCUGCUCACUCCCUCCACUGUUCGCGUUCGUAGCCUCGGCCAGCUUUCCAUGCUAAUUCAAGCAGCGGAAGAUAAGAAACUGGAAGAAGUUCAAGCGUGUCUGGAAGGAAACAGGGACUUCCUGGUUAAAAUUUUGGGUCCCAGAAUCGCCUCCCAGCUGCUUGAAGAUGGAGCCUAUGCCGAUGUUGAAAGCCUCAAAGAGGACGUGAAGGAUGAAGCCUCAGAAAUCAAAGCCAGACUGGUCGCCCUGCUGCAGAAUACAGACACACGGAUCCUGAGGAAGCUUCUCAGAGACUUCUCCGAUGCCCAGUACGACCCAGACUUUAUGAAGGUUGAGAUGGACUUUUUGCAGUUCUGCAGUGAGGGGGACGACAGGCUGCUGAAGUCAGUCCGAUACACAUCAGAUUUUGAGUUUUGGAAUGGUUGUCGAGCUCCCCCAUGGAGACAAGCGCAGGGGGAGAUUUGUUACGUUGUUAUUGAGUCUGUGGACACAGGGAGCCUCAAUGUCACCUGCUGCACUGCUGGAGUUUUCCUAAAUGGGGGCGGGAAUCCAGAAGAGGAUGGUGGCUGCAUUCGAACAAGUGAAAUGUAUCCAGAUCUGGUGACUCUCAUGAAGAGAAGGUCUUCAUAUUUCGCAUUAAAUGUGGUCAGAGAGGAACCAUAUCCCCCUUCAACACAGAGGUCUCGGCAGUCUGCGUCGCAGUUUCACGGCAGCAGAAAGCUUGAGCCGAGGUGGAGUGAUCUCCUCCUGUCGGCUGGAGGCGGAGAAGAGGAGAGGAAGCCCAGAAGGAGCUCUGCAGAGGAGAAGAAAAGGCUGGAGCCAGGGACCAGGAGCAAAAUAAAAGCAGAGCUCUCUGUGUCUUCGUCACCUGUGCGCCUGACCUCUUUGACGAAGAAGACGUCAUCAAAAGCAACCCUCGCAGAACUUUCCAGCGAGACUUCCAGCGAGAGUGAGGAGGAAGAGGAGCGGCCAGAGCACCGGCCAGAGAGCGACUUCUACCUGUCCUCUGAGUUCUUGCAAAUCAAGAAACUGGUGAAGUACCUCAAGAAAGGAGACCAGAAAGUCACGCUCCUCAUGCUUUGCUGCAUGCUGGACUUGGAUCUCACUCAGGACUCUUGCAACCUGGCCAUCCGGGAUGAAGGCGGCCUUCAGUUCCUGCUCAACCUGCUGGAUACAAAUGAAGACAAAUGCAAAAUUGGAGCUCUGAAAAUCCUGAUUAGGAUGAGCAGGUGCGUUCCCAUCCAGCGCAGCAUGGAGGACAUGCUUGGUGUGCGGAGCCUUGUGAACAACCUGGACUCAGAGGUGACUAAGGUGAAGGCCUUAGCAGCUGAAACCAUCGCCAAUGUGGCCAACUUCCCCCGGGCAAGAAGAACCGUCAGGCAAUCUGGCGGCAUUGAGAAACUGAUAAAGCUACUGGACUGCUUCCUGAAAUCUCAGAAGAAGAGCGACCACUCGGAGAACAUGGAGGCCGCCCGCUGUGGCGCCUUAGCGCUGUGGAGCUGCAGCAGGAGCACCAAAAACAAAAAGGCCAUUUGCAGUGCUGGGGGCAUCCCUCUGCUGGGAUGCCUCCUCACAUCUUCUCUGGAGAGCAUGCUUAUCCCUGUGGUGGGCACCCUGCAGGAAUGUGCCUCAGAGGAAAGCUCCAGGAUUACCAUUCAGUCCAAAGACAUCAUCAAGAAUCUGGUCAAAAACCUGAGGAGUAACUGCACUGACCUACAGAUCCAGUGUUCCAUGGCACUCUUUAAGUGUGCAGAGGACACAGAAACCCGUGACCUGGUGCGCAAGUACAAGGGGCUGAAGCUACUGGUGGAGCUGCUCAACAACACCAACAACAAGGAGCUCCUCGCUGCUGCCACUGGGGCCAUCUGGAAAUGUUCCAUCAGCAUAGAAAAUGUGCUGAUCUUUCAAAACGACAAAGUCCUGGAGAGCCUGGCUGGUCUGUUAACUGCUCAGCCGGAGGAAGUGCUUAUCAACGUGGCGGGAGCACUGACAGAGUUUCUCCAAGUGCCUGCAAACAAGGCCGUCAUCCGAAAGUGUGACGGCAUCAAACCAAUGAUACAACUGCUUUUGAGCACAAACCAGGCGCUGCUUGUGAAUGUCACCAAGGCUGUAGGUGCAUGCGCCACCGAUAGGGAAAAUAUGAAGAUCAUUGACGAGCUUGACGGAAUCAGUCUGCUGUGGUCGCUUCUACAAAACCCCAAUCCAGAAGUUCAGGCCAGUGCUGCAUGGGCAAUCUGUCCAUGCAUCGGCAACUCAAAGGAUGCCAUGAGAACGGUGUUAUCCUUUCAAGGAUUUGGUCGGAUACCGAAUUUGCUGAUGUCCACAAACAACGAAGUGCUGGCCAGCAUUUGUGCUGUCAUCGCUAAACUGGCCAAAUACAAAAACAUCCUGGCGACCCUGACUGAUCUCGGGAUUGUCUCAUUGCUGACCAAGCUGACAAACACAAAGGAUGACAGGCUCCGUCACCACCUUUCUGAUGCCAUCUGCCACUGCUGUCAGUUCGCCAACAACACUGCCUCCUUUGGUGAGGCCGGAGCCGUGGAGCCUCUGGUGAGGUACAUGAAGUCUGAAGAUAUUUUGGUCCGACAGAGCGCAACCAUGGCCCUUUUUCAACUGUCCUGGGACCCCAAUAACAACCUGACGAUGCUCUCCAGAGGAGCCGUCAAACGCCUGAUUCCCAUGAUUGGCUCUACUCUGGAGGAGGUCCAGGAAGCCGCUGCCUGCUGCGUACGCAACAUCCGAAUGACAGCCAUGGAAUGCAGGAAGGCCAGCUGAAACUCCAGAGGAACCCAUGAACACCCAGGAGGGAUGUCAAUAGUCGGUUUGACAUGUUUGUGUUGUUUUUUCAUGAAUUUAUGCUUCCACGUGUUUCUAAAAAGCCUUCAACUUUGUUUUUCCUGUGGAUUAAACAAACAAAACAAAAA